UUAUCAAUAAUAAAUGUAGGCACCUCCUGGAAUACUGUCCGAUGCUGCUCCUUCAACCGUCUUUAGCUACCGGUAUGACCGCGAUGUCCCACUGAACCAGCCUCAGUUUUCUCUGGCUCGAUUGGUGGCACAUCCCUAUUCCUACGUAGAGCGAGAACUGCCCACCUGGCGGUUUCCGUCUAUUCGCUAUCUCGCAGCGAUAUUUCUUCCGUUCUUGGUCCUGGUUGCGGUUACUUGCGACUCAACCUUGGGUGAAUGGCCGGCGAGACAUGAACAACAUGAGAGGAAUGCAAAUUUGAGACUUGCUCGUGCUACGAUCCCGUGCUCCCGUGCUGGAACACCCGCUCCUAUCUAUCUUCCCCUUUGUCUGGAAUAUCAAAGACCCAUCCGCUUCAUCUAGUAAUCUUCAGCGCAGCCUCGAAGCUCCUCUUCUCUUCUCGUCGUCCCAAGCUUACUUGGUCCUGAUAUAGUCAUCACAAUGUCUUCCUGCGGCCUAUCUCCGAGGGAUGAGGCGUAUAUGCCGCCCGUCCCUUCGCCCCUAAACCCGUCGAGUCCCGAGACAUCGCCAAGGCGGUACAGGCGAGGUGACCGCUACCGCCCUACAUUCAAACGCGGUGGUACCGAGCUGAGUCCGACGCAGAUACUGAUGCGGCAGAAAGCGGCGGAAGCAUGGAAGUUGAUGGCUACGCACAUUACGAACAAAUAUCGCUAUGUCGGCACGAAGCAAGGUGAAGCUCCCCAAACGAACCCGGCUGGGCCAGCCAAGCAACAACCCAUUCGCACUACCGCGGAAUACGGUAUCGUACCAAACUCGACAGAGAAAGGUCGCGGCGCUGGGGUAAAUAGGCAGGAUGUCGACGUCGAGAAGCAGGCGCUUGUUGACGAUGACUACUACCGAGCCCACAAGACACCGGGUAUAAACUUGCUUUCGCACCUCCUGACGACAAGACGCUGGAGGGUGACGGUAGGGGUUGUGUGUGUUGUCGGAUUCCUGUCGGCGGUGCGAGCGAUUGGCAGCAUCCACACUUGGCGGAUAUGAUACGUCGUCAUAAAUGGUCUAAUGUUCCCUUAAUGAGGUGGGUUUCACAAGAUCAAAUUGAGAGCAUCCUCCCGCCUUUGCUCGCACUCGAUAUCACGAACGAUGAGUGCGAUCCUAAAGUU